AUGAGCGCACGGGGUUCUAAUGCGAGGCCCCAAGUGACCAGACCGAGCAUCUACGCAUUCCUGAGGAGCACGGAGACCCUGCGGCCAGUGCGGGGCGAGGUGGCCGCGAGUGCCCCUGCCACCGUGGCAAACCUCGGCCCAGGCUUUGACUGGCUGGGGUGUGCGGUGGAGGGCCCGGGGGACACGGUGGUGGCGGUGGCCCUGCCCACCGCCCGCCCCGGCGAGAUCGUGAUCCAGCGCGUGACGGGAGAGGGCGGGCGCCUGUCGCUCGACCCCGUGAAGAACUGCGCGGGCAUCGCGGCGGCUGCUACGCUGCGCGCCAUGGGCGCGCCGCUCGCCUGUGGCGUCGGCCUGACCCUGCACAAGGGCCUCCCCCUGGGCAGCGGCCUCGGCUCCAGCGCCGCCUCGGCCGCCGCGGCUGCGGUGGCGGUGAACGAGCUGUUUGGCGCCCCCCUGAGCCCCAUGGACCUGGUCCUGCCGGGGCUGGAGUCGGAGGCCGCGGUAUCAGGCUACCACGCCGACAACAUUGCCCCGGCCCUCCUCGGCGGCUUCGUCCUCAUCAGGAGCUGUGAGCCGCUGGACCUGCAGCGCCUCGCCUUCCCGGCGGCGAUCGAGGUGCCCAUGGCGGAGCUGACGCGCAAUUGCGCGGCGGGCGCCAGCCUGGUGGCCGGCAUCCUGCUGGGCGAUGCCGGCCUGCUCGGCCGCAGCCUGGACGCCGACGUGGUGGUCGAGCCCCGCGCGGGGAACCUGGACACCAACUCCGCCCAGGUGGUGCGCCUGAACCAGCAGGGCGCGCGCAAGGUCUGA